AUGGAAGACCAAUGCGUAUUAAUUUUGGUCUAUGUGGAUGACGUGUUGGUGACAGGAAGCUCACCCAAGUUGAUUGCACACACCAAGGAAGACCUGAAGACACGCUUCGAGAUGACUGAUAGCGGCAAGUGUGCAUUUGUUCUUGGAAUUGAGCUUUUGGAUGGAGAAGAUGGCAGUGUGACACUAUGUCAGCGUCGGUAUGUCGAUGAUAUCCUCAAGCGCUUUGGCAUGGAUGAUUGCAAGGCUGUGUCAAGUCCAGUGAACAUGAGCUCUCGACUCGUUUCAAGAGAUGCAGCUACCAAGGUCGAUGCUCCUUUUCGCGAAGCUGUUGGUGCGUUGAUGCACCUGACCACUGCAACGCGUCCGGACAUUGCGUUUGCUGUGGGCUAUGUGUCGCGGUUCAUGGAAAAUCCCCAAGAAGAACACUGGGUUGCAGUUAAGCGUAUCUUUCGCUACCUACAAGGCACCAAGACGCAUGGAAUUUGCUAUAAGCUAAGUGCAAGGAUCGACUUCCGUGGAUAUUCGGAUGCGGAUUGGGCUGGUGAUCUUACCGACCGCAAGUCAACAUCGGGGUACACGUUCAUGCUACUCGGUGCGCCAGUGAGUUGGGGCAGCAAGAAGCAGCCAAGUGUUUCGUUGUCCACGACUGAAGCUGAAUACAUCGCACUCAGCUUGGCGAUUCAAGAGGGCAAGUGGAUUCAUCGUCUGCUUUGUGAGAUCAUGAUGGCUGCCAAUGAAGAAGGACCGGAACUCAUGAUCCAUGAAGACAAUCAGUCGUGUAUCAAGAUGACGAAGAACCCGGUCAACCACGGCCGUGCCAAGCACAUUGAUAUCAAGUACCAUCACAUCCGUGAUGAGGUCAAGCGCGGUGAAGUGAAGCUCAAGUACUGUGACUGCGGUGAUGUUAGCGGACAUCAUGACGAAGGGACUUCAUGGACCACGCCACAAGGAGAUGACGACGGCUCUCGGGAUUCGUGA